UCGGUUUUACGUUUUCCAAGCCGAGAUAAAAUGUAUUUAUAUUUUAAUUCAGCCUUUUUGAUUAAGGGUUGGUUUAGAAUUGUUUAAAUCACUAUCAAUUGAUUUAAAAUGAAUUGGAUAAAAUGUGCUAUAAGUCCUCUUAGAAGGCAUGCUGUCUGCAGUAGAACCCAACUGGUUAUUUAUUGUCAAAAACAAAGGUUGUUAAACAGCGAGGCAAUGAUGAAGAAAGAAUAUCCCAGGCCAAACUUGAAUCUGUCCAGCAAUAAAGGAAUACCCUUGAUGGGAUGGUUUAUACUCCUUGUGCCUGUAGGGACGUUUGCACUAGGGACUUGGCAAGUGAAGCGAAAAAAGUGGAAAGAAAAUCUUAUCGAAAAGAUAACGACGAAAACCAACCAACCUUCCAUUCCUCUACCAGCGGACGAUAGUGAAUUGGAAGGACUUGAGUAUAGGAAGGUGAUAGUAACUGGUACGUUUGAUCACUCUCAGGAAAUGUACUUAGGGCCAAGAUCUUGUUUGGUGGAGGGUGAGUCUAAAUUCAACAACAAACUGGUAUCGUCACGAUCGAACAAUGCUGCUGGAUACCUGGUGAUAACACCUUUCAUCUUAUCAGACACAAAGGAGAAAAUUUUAGUAAACCGAGGCUGGGUCCCGUAUUCGUUGAAAAAUCCUGAAAAGAGGAAGGCUGGUCAGAUUCAAGAGGAAGUUACACUCGAAGGCGUUUUGCGGGUGAGUGAACCCCCUCCGUCCUACAUGCCAUUAAAUAAGAUGGAUGUUAGAGUAUGGUUUGCAAGGGAUGUUGAAUUAAUGGCAGAAACAGUACAGAGUAGACCUGUUUACAUCGAUGCCACUGCUGAAAGUACAGUUGAUGGAGGUCCCAUUGGUGGACAGACAAGGUCAUCUUUAAGAAAUGAACACUUGUCAUACAUCUUUACUUGGUAUGCUUUAAGCGGAGUGACUGCUUAUAUAUGGUAUAUUAGAUUCUUAAAAUGAUUUUUUAAAUGUUGAGAUGAAAUUAAUGUUGCAUUAUGUAAAUGUAUAUAAUGUUUUAUUACAAUAGAAUAUUGCAUUAUUGAUUUACUCGUUCUCUAUAAAAAAUUUAAUGCAAUUAAAUGAUAUUUGGUUAAUUAAAGAAUUUAUUGUUA